CAUAAAGUUUAUUUUGUUUAUGUGAAUUUGAAAUUACAUAUGAUUUCUGCAAGGUGAUACAUAUUCUGCUGCAUCUUUCAUAUUUACAUCAGAGAUAAAUGUUUCAGAGUUCUCUACACAGUACCAAAUACUUGACAGUUGAUAACGAAAACAAGUCGGCAAUUGGUGGGACUUGUGAGUAUGAGGACACAAGUAAAGAGUUGAGAAUUGAGAUAUGAAGGAAAAAAGUCCAAACAAAUUGACAAGGAUAUGAGUGGGACCAGGGCCCCUCGUAACGGUACUGCUGUAUAUAAAAAUCUUGUCUGUAAUAUUUAUUAUAUUUUCAAUAUAACGUAGAGCAAUUUCACCCUAAUGUGAAUUAAUCGAUGCAAAGUAUUCAAGUAUGCGGGCUCUAAGUUAAUUUGUUAAGAAUGAAAUGGACGGAAAAUUGACAAAUUUUGACUUAUGUCCUAAUAUAGUUCAUUUUCAUUUUACCUUGUCGAAUUUCAUUUAUCACAGCCAAAUACUGUACAAUAUAUAACAAUGUAGAAGGAAAGAAAGUUAGCUUUGAUUUUGAUGUGCCAUAGGUUGAAAUAGAAAUAGUAGACAAAAGUUCACACCUUAGCAGCUGAAAACCAGUGAAUUGGGAGAUAAAUUAGCUGAGCUGAGUGAGAGGUAAAGCAAGUUGUAUCAACUACUUCACUAAGCACAAGUACCACUUUCAUCUAUCCUUACCUCCUGUCAUGGAACUUUCUUUGAUAACUCUAUGCCUGGUUCUUUUACUAUCUUUCUGUGUCAUCUUUGUGCCACCCCUUAAUCUCUCAAUUUCAGAAUAUUAUGCCUCAGCUGCCAGACUUGGGAACUACACAGACAAAGAUGCAUUACUGAACUUUAAGUCUCAGAUAACCGAAGAUCCCCUUGAAGUCUUGCACUCUUGGAAUGAUUCCUUCCACUUCUGUCAAUGGACUGGCAUCAAAUGUAGCGCCAAACACCAGAGAGUCAUUUCUCUUGAUCUUAAACAUCAGAAUUUGGCUGGAACUUUGUCACCCCAUGUUGGAAAUCUUUCAUUUCUUCGACUAAUUGAUGUUGCUGAAAAUUCUUUACAUGGUGUUAUCCCUCCAGAACUUGGUUUUCUGGCCAGGCUUCAAACUCUUAACUUGAGUAAUAACAUGUUAGAAGGUGGAAUUCCUGUCAAUCUGUCUAGUUGUAUUAACUUGUAUAAUCUUGCAUUAGACCGCAACUUCUUUGAGGGUAAUAUUCCUCUACUACUUGGUUCUUUGCCAAAGCUGGUAACCCUUUAUAUCAGAAACAACAACCUCACAGGAAGAAUACCGGAUUCCAUUGGGAAUCUCACAUCUCUACAAGAGUUUUAUGCGUCAUAUAAUUAUUUAGAGGGACAACUUCCAAAUUCUCUGUCUCAGCUGAGAAGUCUGAAAAUGCUAGGACUGUCUGCAAAUUUUCUUUCUGGUGAAUUUCCAGCUGUGCUUUACAAUUUAUCUUCACUCGUACUCGUGUCCCUUUCUUUUAACAACUUCACAGGUACUCUUAGAAGCAGUAUAGGUCUUGACUUGCCGAAUCUCCAGCUUCUAUACUUGGCAAACAAUUACUUUACAGGGCUACUGCCAGUUUCAUUGACUAAUGCAUCAGCUCUGGAACGGUUUGAUGUCCCUCAGAACAGAUUCAGUGGAAAAGUGCCCAGCAUGUUUGGAAACCUACAGAAUUUAUCAUGGUUCAACGUUGGUAAAAAUUAUCUUGGAGGGGAUAAGGAGCAUGAUCUGAGUUUUUUAAGCUCUUUGACUAACUGCAGCAAGUUAGAGUUUCUGGCUUUUGAUGACAACAGAUUUCGAGGAACUUUUCCAAAUAUCAUCCAAAAUUUGUCAAGUACACUCACACGACUAGUUGUUGGAACCAAUGAUAUUCGAGGAAGCAUCCCUGAAGAGAUUACAGACCUUUUCAAUUUAAUUAUACUGAGCAUAGCGGAGACUGGUUUAACUGGUAAGCUUCCAGCUUCAAUAGGAAAACUUUCCAGCUUGGGAGCCUUACAUUUUUAUUCAAAUCAGUUUAGCGGAGAGAUCCCACAUUCCUUGGGUAAUAUCACUCAACUCCUGUACCUUGACAUGUCAAACAACAGUUUUGAAGGAAACAUACCUUUUAGUUUGGGGAACUGCAGGUAUCUACAAUCCUUAGAUCUUUCUUUGAACAAAUUAAAUAACACAAUUCCUGUGAACCUUUUUAGUGUUUUAUCACUUUCUGUGCUCUUAAAUCUGUCACAUAAUUCUCUCUCUGGAACGUUGCCAAAGCAGGUUGGAAAUUUGACUAGUCUUGUUGCAUUUGAUGUUUCAAAUAACAGAGUUUCUGGUAAUAUCCCGACAGAAAUAGGGAAUUGUUUGGCAUUGGAAAAACUCUAUAUACAGUCCAAUUUCUUCCACGGAAGUAUUCCACAAUUAGGUAACAUGAAAAAUAUCCGGUACUUAGAUGUGUCUCGCAAUAAUUUGUCUGGCCAAAUACCUAAGAGCAUGGUACAGCUUUCCGGAUUACUGAAUUUGAACCUCUCGUUCAACAAUCUGAAGGGUGCAGUGCCUUCUUCAGGUGUAUUCAGGAAUGCAAGUGCGGUUCAUGUGUUAGGCAACUUGAAUCUCUGUGGGGGAAUUCAGGGGCUGCAUUUGCAUCCAUGCCUUGUACACUCACAAGCAAAACAUAGGAAACACAUAUCUCUCAAGUUGGUAGCUGCACUUGCUAGUGUUGUUCUAUUCUUGGCUUUGUUACUGUUGUUUCUUCUACUUUGCCGAGGGAAAAAGUUGAAGAAUGAACUUGUUCCAGCAGCUCCUGAUAAGAUAUUUUACCCAAAACUGUCAUAUCAAGACCUCUUUAAUGCUACUGGUGGAUUUUCUUCAGCUAAUGUACUCGGUUCUGGCAGCUAUGGCACAGUUUACAAAGGACUUCUUUCCCCUGAUAUGGUAACGGUUGCAGUGAAGGUACUUAAGCUUCAAUAUGAAGGAGCUUCUAAAAGUUUCAUAGCUGAAUGCAAUGCCUUGAGGAACUUACGUCACCGCCACCUUGUCAAGGUCCUUAAUGCUUGUUCCAGCAUAAAUUAUGAAGGUAAUGAGUUCAAAGCUAUAGUUUAUCAGUACAUGUCAAAUGGGAGUCUGGAAGAUUAUCUGCACCCGAAGCCCAGACAAUUGCAGCAGAAAAACUUGAGUAUCCUCCAACGGAUUAACAUUGCUUUAGAUGUCGCAUCUGCCCUACAUUAUGUUCAUCACCAGUGUCAGAAUCCUGUGGUUCACUGUGAUUUGAAGCCGAGUAAUAUUCUUCUUGACACUGAUCUGACCGCGCAUGUGAGUGAUUUUGGCUUGGCAAGGCUCAUUUUCAAAUGUAGCGAGGUUGUUGAUUCAAACCAGUUCAGCUCAAUUGCGAUCAGGGGCACUAUUGGAUAUACGCCUCCAGAAUAUGGCUUGGGGAGUGCGGUAACUACUGAAGGAGAUGUAUACAGCUUCGGGAUUCUCUUGUUAGAAAUGUUCACAGGUAAACGACCGACUGAUGAAAUAUUUAGAGAUGGAAUGAAUCUGCACAAUUUUGUGAAUAAGGCAAUUGGAGAUCAAGUUAUGGCGAUCGUGGAUGAAUCAGCCUGGUACAGAGAGGAAAGUGUUUCCAAGGAAAAGGAUGAUAUUGGCAGUAAAUGGACACAUGAACAGACCGAAAGCUUGAAUUCAAUCUUUCGAAUUGGGAUUGCAUGUUCAGAGGAAGCCCCUGCACAAAGAAUGAACAUGAAACAAGUUGCAGUACAUCUGAAAUCAAUAAAAGAAGAGUUUCUUAGUUCUUAGGUGUUGUCAUAAACUUCUGCCUUGAAUGUAGUACUGAAGUUCAUAUGCUAAAGGUUGUAAUUAGUUACUUCCCAUGAAAUUAGGCAUUGAUUUUUUUUUUCUGCUUGAUUAAAAUUAGCUUUGGUUACUUUACUUAUGAUCUUGAUAUCACAGUCUAUGUUUUGUUGAACUGAAAAAACACUUGGAGCAGAAACGUUUAUUACUAAUGGGGCAUCAUUUGAC